CAUCCUCGUUACUGUCUACUGGGUUUUUGAGCUUUAUACAGAACAACAACAAAGGAAAGCAAAGCUUAAGGACCAAGCAGAGGGAGAACGUGAACUAGGAGGAGGCGAAACUGCGAAAGGCUUCUUGUUGAUUCUAAUUGUAAUCCGAGGCGGCAGAAAUGUCCGUGACGCUUCAUACGAACCUUGGCGACAUCAAGUGCGAAAUAUUCUGUGACGAGGUUCCGAAAACUUCUGAGAAUUUUUUGGCAUUGUGUGCAAGUGGCUAUUAUGAUGGGACCAUAUUCCACCGGAACAUAAAGGGUUUUAUGAUCCAAGGUGGUGAUCCAACAGGUACAGGAAAGGGUGGCACAAGUAUUUGGGGGAAAAAGUUUAAUGAUGAGAUACGGGAGUCACUUAAGCACAAUGCCAGAGGCAUAUUAUCAAUGGCCAAUAGUGGUCCUAAUACCAAUGGGAGCCAGUUCUUCCUAACCUAUGGAAAGCAACCUCAUCUCAAUGGAUUGUAUACUAUCUUCGGAAAAGUUAUACAUGGCUUUGAAGUCCUUGAUCUCAUGGAAAAGGCUCAAAUCGGACCAGGUGAUCGACCACUUGCUGAGAUCAGACUAAAUCGAGUCACAAUACAUGCUAAUCCACUUGCUGGCUAAGUGUACUUCAGAGUAUGCGAGAUUACUGGGUCAAUCAUUUGACAACAUUAUAUAUUAAUUUGAUAUGUAAACAUUAAACCCCUAACCUGUUGCAGAUUUGUCGGAAAUUUAUAUACUAAUGAAUUACUUAAGGUUUUAGACAUGCUUAUUAGGAA